UAAAAACCUGAAUCGGGAUCGCUUCAGUCGUUCAGGACAGCUCGAGCGAAGAGCAUCGUGCCAAUUCUCAGCUUCCCGAGUGAAUCGUGUCAACAAAGUAUUACUCAAUUUUUUUUGGCUGCAAAUCAGGAGUGAAGUUUAAGUGUACCAAGAUGCUGGACAAGUCUGUGCUGGGUGCUAGUUGGGAGAGCGUGGUGUCGAGGGAUGACUACGAGAUCGACUACAGUCCGAGUCCGAGAGGGUCUCCGUUGAAGGACACAUCCAACAUCCAGGAGGAUCAGACAUACUGCAUCAGCCGUCACAACCCGAACCGCACCUUCCGUCGAGAAUCAGUCAUUGCCUCUUGGAAGAGUUUGAAGAAAGAGAGAGAGCAAGCUUUGGGAAAAAGGUUUGUCUAUGUAGACGCAGAAAACUUCGAAGAUUACUACGGAAGGAACAAGGUUAAGCGUUGCAAGAGCGAGAGGACAGCAGUUAGGACGGACAGUGUCGCGAGAGUCCCAAAGAAAGUCAAAAGGACGUAUUCGGUCCUAUACAGAUACGAUCCUAAUGAAGAGAAAGUAGUCAAAGAGUACAAAUACCAACUGCCAAAGGAGCAAGUACCAGUAAUGCCGGUCAGUUCGGCGAUGCACAAGGCAUUUUCGGAACCUUUCCUAUGCCCCGACAGGACACCAAAGAAGAAAGUCAAACGUUCAUUCACCACCCUUCUCAACAUCAAAACGAAGUUCUUAAACAUAUUCACUUCGAAGAGUUAAAACUUCUCCUGUAGUUAUAAUUGGAAUAGUUGCUCAAUUCAAUGCAUUUUCAUUCAAAAUGUAAGAGUUCUCAGAGGAGUUGGAAUUGUGAUCGUUUAAUUUCUAGUCAAAGAUUGGCGUCAAAGGACUGUAAUUAUAUUGUAAUAAUAUGAUUAUUGGAACAUUUUAAUGGUCCAGAGGCUUUGUCGUGGAGUAAUCCGUUUUAAUCCGGAGUUGAACCCUUUUGAGAGCCGUGGCGGGGACAGUACUUUGCUACAUUAUUUAAUGCUUUGUGUUAGUUCCCCUGGCCAGUUUCAAUCCAAAUUUAAUUUAGUAUAAGAUAGUAUUAAUGGUAUUUAAAAUAUGCUUUAUAUUAAAGUUAGUUCUGCGAAAUGGUGUAGGUACACAAAAGAGCUAUUUGAUAUUCUUUGAAAACUUAGUAAUAUUUUGUCUCAGUACAGACUAAUUGUAAUUAUCUUAAUUAAGAGAGAAGUUUCGCAGAAAUAAUUAAGUAUAGAAAAUAAUAAGGUAGUGACGCGUACCAAUUGUAUUUAAUGCCAUACUAGAUGUAUAAUGUGAUAUAUUCGUGUGUUGUGAUAAUUAUAAAUACAAUUAUUUAAUUGUGGUUCAUAAAUUGUAAUUUAUGUUACAUUUUUUGAUACCAACGUAUACUAGUCCCGUAACAUUAUAUUUUAGUAACAUCUUACUUUGUAUGUAAUGCUUUAUAUUUUAAUUGAAAUAUAUAGUAAUUGCAACAAAAUUAAUUUCAAUUUUAGUUCAUUCCUUAUAAGUUUAAUUGUAAUGUAUGUAUUGUAUAGCCAAGUAAGGUGAAUGUAGAAUAAUGACAUAUCAUAGAUUUUAGUUGUGAAAGUUAAGAUCUGUAAUUGAUUAUGGAUUUACAUAUAAUGUACCGUUCUUAUAAAGAUAUUUCCCAUACAAUUUAGAAUAAAGGAGGAUGGGCAGAUUUGCAUGGACACUGGCCUAUGAACCAAUAAGAAUAAGCGACAUACCAUUGGAAAGGUUUUUUUAUAUACUCCAUUUUUUUGUAUGGCGAGACUUGUAAAAUCUCUGUUUAAAAAAAAUUAUGACAAAAAAACAUAAGAAAACGAAUAAAUAACUAAAAUAUCGUGACACCAAAUCAUCCACAAUAACAAAACCUUAAUGAUCUGCGAUACAGGAACUUAAUAUCGAAAAAAUCUAUACAGCUAUGUUUAAACUCACACUACUUUUGGCGGUGAUAACCUUUUCCACACACAGAUUUGGGACUAUCUGCCGUAGUAAAAGUUUUAGAACUUAGAAUAAGCUAUCCAGUGACAUAUCGCUUGUCCUUAUUGGUCCAUAGGCCAAUUAGCCCACCCUCCUUUGUGGGAACGGAACAUUAAUAUGUGCAUAUGCAAUCAAUAUUUAACUUUCUAAAAUUAGGUAAAAUACUAAAUGCCAAACAGUU